AUGGAGGGACUGCUGUCCUCCUUGAAGUUUCCGUUGUCGUAUGGACAUCAGGAGUUCAAGGAACAUUGGCCCCACACGCCCCAUGAAGCCAACCUGGUGAUCCAAAGCCUGCAUGACCUGGCGCGUGCAUUGUUUGGAGCCAGGGAGGAUGAUGCAGUCGUGGCAUCUUUCUUGGAGAAGAGGGGGUUGAGUAUUCUAGUAGAAGCACUGCUAGCGAGCUCAACUCCCGAGAUCAUACGCGCACAGGCGUGGCAGUCGCUGUGCCUAAUCCUGCUGAAUGUGGAGGAGGAUGUCUUCCAACGGUUGAUCAUUGGGCGCGAGCUGGAUGUGUUGUGGUCUGGUGAGCCAGAUCUUCGAAUUGAGGAGAAUCGGAUGAACUUCGUCUCUUGUCUCAAAACAGUCAGCAUGCGAAUAGACGUGGAGACGCUGCCAUUCCUGAUGACAGACAGCGACAUCCCGAUCCUCAGAGUGGCAAUGGCCUACACGGCCCAUGAAGAGGCCCUGCUCCGCACCCAGGCGCGCAACGCCAUGCUAGCACUUUUUUCAAAGAUGAAGAUGGGCGAGGAACAGCUGUUGCGGACUGCCUUGGAAAUGGCAAAGUCCAGGUUGCCGACCCCUUUGUGCACUUUGAUGUGGCAGAAUUGGGCAAACAUGGCACAAGCAGCCAAAAACAGGAAUGCUCCGGCUUUGCAAAAAUGGGCAUUCCGUGAAGAGGACCUUUGGGACCAUCUGGCCGAACUGAUCAAGCUUGACAUCACAGACGUCACACAGAUGGUCUGUGGUGUUAUAGUGGGAAGUCUGGUCUGGAAACUAGGAUCCCUGACUCCCACAGAUGUGGGAGUGAACCACUGGAGCGCUCCCUUUGUGAAGGGCGACGAUUUCGACUCAGAGCCGAUGAUGGCCGUUCCGCCUCCAGGGGCGUUGAAACUGUCGCCAAAGUCCCACACAGAAUCAACGGCCUCGCUGUCGGCGGACCAGUCUUCGCUGGAGGAGUGUGCAAGCUUUACCGCCUGUGGGCUUGGAACCGCCAUGAAGGUUGCGGAGACGUUCGCCAUAGAUAUGGCAUCCAAUGACCAUUGCGCCGCCAUGGCUCUGAGAACCCUGGCAACCUACGCGGGAACUCUUCGACACGCAGGCAUUGCUUGUGCGCUCAUGCCACUUGUGGAGCUAAUUCUUUUGCCAUCAAUUCCUUCGGGCUCCCUUCGGGCUCGAUUCGUGCCAUGGCAGACCUCGAUGCGGGCUGCAUCACUGAGGACUUGCUCGCCCUGA